AUCGCGAGCGCCUGGGCAGCGCGAGAUUACAGUGUAGGGAGGGCUGCAUGGAAAGCUGGAAAGACAAAACAAAAGCCACACAUUUCAACCAACAGGCGCUGGUCGCUUUUUAUUUUUAUUUUUUUUGUAAAGACAAAUUUGAACAAUUAUUCGUAUCUAUUACCAUUUAACGGCAAUAUUACAGAAGUUUUACAUCAUGCCUAGUAGCACGUCUUUGCUGGAGACCGAUGAGGGAGAGUCCGAGGUCCCGCCGCCGCUAGUGCACGCUUUCGCCGGUAUGGGCCUUGAGGAGCACCACGGCACCCAGAGCCAGACCCCCGAACAAGCAGAUGAGAGCCUCUCCUUUCACCACCACCACCAUCACCACCACCAUCACCAUCUUCCCGCGGUUUCUCAUUUCAACCUCCUCGGUACGGUCCUCGACUUGAAGCCGAUGCCUUUGCAUCGGCCGCCCUCGGGAGAUGAAGUGAACAUAACAGCAGUGCCCGAGGACGAAGAGCUAGAAGUUGUAGCCGACUCCCCGGGCUGCAGCUCGUUGCUAGCUCAGGCCCACCUCCACCGACACCACCCAUCGGUGCAGAGUGGGUCCGUGAUGCCGUCCGGGAUGGAGCCGCCUCCGCCUCCGCCGCACGUCGAGACGGUGCUGCUGUACAACGGAGACGAGCGGGAUGAUGUAGUCGUCGGCAGCGCCCUACCACCGGCGAACGGCAUGGCGAUGCUACCGCCCGGCGUGUACGGGGAGUCGGGCUACGAGGCCGAGCCUUCGCUGUUGAGUCGGCGAAAGAGCGUCAACACGACCGAGUGCGUGGCCGUACCGAGCUCCGAGCACGUCGCAGAAAUCGUCGGCAGACAAGGCUGUAAGAUUAAAGCGCUUCGAGCCAAGACCAACACCUACAUUAAGACACCAGUGAGGGGAGAGCAGCCUGUAUUUGUUGUGACCGGGCGCAAAGAAGACGUGGCCAUGGCUAAGAGGGAGAUCCUUUCCGCGGCCGAGCACUUCUCCCUCAUCAGAGCCUCCAGAAACAAGACGGGCCCUCUGUCUGCUGUCACCGGUCCAGGGACACCCUCCCUACCUGGACAGACGACCAUUCAGGUGCGGGUACCAUAUCGUGUUGUAGGGCUGGUCGUGGGUCCCAAAGAACAACAGCAAGUCUCAUUUCCUCAUCAGGCUCAACAUGGAGAGGGGGCGACCAUCAAACGCAUUCAGCAACAGACCCACACCUACAUUGUGACGCCGAGUCGCGACAAAGAGCCAGUGUUCGAGGUCACCGGCAUGCCAGAGAACGUGGACAGGGCGAAGGAUGAGAUCGAGGCGCACAUCGCGCUCCGCACAGGAACCUGCGGAGGCAUCGAGGCUCCUGGUGUAGACAACAACGACUUUCAAUUCAACGGGACAGACGUCAGCUUUGAGAGUUCUGCUAUACCAGUCGGGUUGGGGGAGGCUGGGUGGCUUCAUGCCGGUGCAUCAUCACCGGGUGGUGGCGGCGGCAGCGGGGGUGGCUUGCUGCCAAUGAGCGUCAAUGGUACUCAGCGAAUCAAUAGCAAUAUCAACAGUGGUGUCAGGAUGUCUUCCACCUACCGCAACGAUAGCUCCAGUUCCCUCGGCAGCGGCUCCAGCUCAGCUGAUUCUUUCCACGGCAGUGGGAAUGCCAACCGGAUGGCCGAUUUCAGCCCAACGUGUGCGUUUAAUGCCAACGCCAACAACAACAAUAGCAACGGCAACAGUGCAAGCUUCUGGUUUGGCGAGAGCCUUCUUCCUGUGGCGUCUGAGGAGCUGGUCACCCUGGGAGUCGGAAGCUCUUCGUCAGGAUUUGACCCGUUAACCAUCUCCACUGCCCAAGCCCCGCACCCUGGUGCACAGCCACAAAUCUGGAGCCCAUUUGUGGACCACCAGCCCCCCCAGGCCUUUGAAGCCCGUCAGCCUCAGACCAGUCAGCCUGGGACGCCCCGGCUCUCUCCAACCUUCUCUGGGACAGAAGCUCUGGAGCACCCUCAGGCCCAGCGCGUUCACCGAGGGCCGCUCAGCUCAGCCGGGACCCUUGAUGCCCACAGGUUCCCCUCCUACAGCUCGGCCUUCUCCUCUUCCAGUGAAAGCACCGCCUCCUCUUCCUCCCCUCCUGAGUCCUCUCUCUCCUAUCGACCGGGGCUGGGAUCAGCAGUGAGAGGACAGGAGAUAUGUAUCCACUGUAUGGAUAACCAGGUGAUUGCUGCCUUGGUUCCCUGCGGCCAUAACCUCUUUUGUCUAGAUUGUGCCACCCACAUAUGCCAGGGUCCAGAUGCUCUCUGCCCUGUGUGCCUGUCCCCGGUCACACAGGCCAUUCAGCUCCGCAAUAUGUGAUUUGAAUCCAUUUACCUUGAUGGCUGAUGAGGGAUCAGCCUCCCCAACACCUCCAACUUGUAAUGUGUGGAGAAAUUACAAAACUGACCCCAAAUCAGUGUCUAGUUUAUGUCCUCACCCUGGUUUUGUCCAAGCUGGUGUUUGGGUGACAAAGGUGAGGAAGAAUAGGUGAAUAAGGAAUGAUGUGUAAUUACGGCAUGUGUCACGGUGUUCAGCCCGUUCAUGUGCCUGCUAUUGUGAAGUCUUCUUCCAUAAUUGAUUUAAUUGAUCAAUGGGAGGGUUGGAAACCCUCUGUGUAGCAUUGGGUGGGGUGGGAUAUAUAAAUAUAUAUUUUAUUUUUUUUGCUCAUCAUUCGAUUUUGAUUUCUCCUCCCUGAAAUAUCCACGUAUCAGUUUCAGCCUACCUAUAUUUUAUUACAUUUUUUAAUGUACGUGGAAUUCUACUCGAAACAUGAUGUUGGCUUUUGGGUCAAAGUUUUUUUGUUUGUUUUUUUGUCUACAUCUCAAAAGUUUUAUUCAUUUUUAAUUUUUUUUUUUUUUUGCUGCUACAGUUUUAAUGUGCUAAAAUAUGGCCCAUCCCCAUUGCCUCUCUUUUAUUGUGUUCACGGCAGGAAACUUUAAGGAAAAGAGAAGAGGUGAGCAUGUUUACAUAUAGUGAACCCCACAUAUGAAUAUAAGUGUUCUUCUGGUUACUGCAGAAUCUGAAUGCCUCCUAUAGUAAACUGGAUCUGAUGUACACAUGACACAUUACCUUAGCAAAUGCCACUCUUAUCGCAGAUCAUUUGCGUCAAUAUUAUCCGGCUAGCGACUUGUAUCUGUGCUAAUUUAAACAGGAUUUCAUGUUUACACGCUCCAGAUCACAAAUCAAAUUUUCUUUUGAGCGUACCAGCGCGCAAACGCACACCCACACUAGUUCCAAAGUUGUUACACUCCAACGGCAACCUCUUUGUUGCCUCGGGUUCCUUUCUUUCCCAGAUUCGAACCAACAAGUGGUGUAACUCCUUUUUGUUCCGGGAGGUUACACCACUUCACUAUCGCCACGUUGCUUUCCAUUUCUACUUUUAAAAAGAAAUGUUUACGGUAAAACUUGUGCCUGAUUCCGUUCUGACUAAACAAAAAGAAACAUCUGGUUCGGCGGACACAGUGUUGUUCUGUCUUAAAACAAACUUGUGGCCUUUUUUUGUUUUUUUGGAAAGCCUGUAAUUAACUGACACUAUCUACAAAUUCAGAUCGUAGCUCUAAAGAACACAAGCUGACAGACUGAGGUCUUAAUGUAUUUGUCCAAUCUUAAAUGAGUCACGGUGAAACAAAGGUUAUAUCACAGGGAUGUUUUCCUUUGCUUCCUAUUUUGUUGAGCCUUUCUCUAGUAUUUGCCACCUAUUGCUUUAUCUUUUUUUAGCACCAAACACUCCCAUUCAUUUUUGUUUCCCCUCAUUGUUUUUUUUUUUUUGUUGAUAUCUCCUUGUUUGGGGAAACCAUGUGCUGGUUUUCAGCUAGAAAAGAUAUGCACAGCUCGUACCUUUGGUAACAUUCCUCCUCCCCUUGUUAUUGCAGACACUUUAGUAGAUGGUGUAAGUAUGGCUACUCAAUACGGACGAAAGAUCUCAUAUUCUUAUUAAACUAUGAGGACAUCUGGAAGAAAUACCCGUACUGUACAGACAACCGGCUCAGCUCUCAGCCUUCUCGGAUGUAUUCUUUUCUUUCACUUGAACCGCUCCACUCUGUGGCCGUCUCAUCGCAGCCAUUUUGUUGGUAGGCAGUCAGCAAAAUAAUUCCAUUGAGAUGCAAAAUUGAGAUGAUGGCCACCUCAUCCGCUUUACCGUUUUUAAAUUUAAUCCCAUGUCUUGUCUACCGGGGCCUAUGCAAAAAUCAUCUCAGUAUGUUAACUACUCGAGGACGCACUAGAUAAAUUAAACUCCUCUGGUUUUAAUUAGAGCUCAAACAAUCUUGGGCUGAAACUUGUAGACUUCUAUCCCUUCUGUUUCGGUCGACCAUCAUUACCUGCUUUAAUGAUGAGAUGUUUCAAUGGUACACACUUUGACUCAUGUUUCAUCAGCUCAUGCUGUCGUCCUAUGCCCUACUACCCUCCCCCUCCCUCCAUAUCUUAUCACACUAUUGACCAGACGGGACUCCAAACAUUCAGAUUUUUGUUUUCACCCCCUUCCACGUGUGCAUCCGUCCGUUAUUCUGCCUGGAAAAGUGAAGAAAAGGUACAAAUAGGUGAAAAUCAUCUCAAAUCUUAGCUUUAAACGCCAGUGUCUCUAGACUUUGUUUUACAGGAUUUUUUUUCUUAAAGAGUUGACGGACAUUUCAAAGGGGAAGCAGCUGGAAUGAUUUCAUCUCGGACUGUGCUGACACUACAUAAGGUCAAUACUGUUGUUUUACUGUGUGGACAUUGGACCGCAGUCCCCUACUUUUAGCAUUCCAGCUGUAAACAGUAUUUGAGAAUUAUUCCAUCGCUUAGCUCUGUUUCCGAAACGUCGCCUCUUUCAUGGACGAUUGAGCCGUCUUGAGGAAACGGAACCAAACGAGUCCCAAAUGUGCAAAAAAAAAACACCCCACCUGUUUCUGCCCCCUCCAGUCUUCUCUCCGUCCUCUUUAUUUGACUUCUCUCAGAUCUACGAAGGGUCGAUCUUUUUUUUUUUUGCUCUUUCUCCCUCUGAGGGAAUGCAAUACACUGUCGGCCCUCAGAUUAUUGACAUGGAUUUGUGUGUAUGUAUUAUAUAAUAUUACUGUUAAUGACUGAUGAAUAUACAGAAUUAUUUUUAUUUUGUUACAUUUCAUAUAUAUACAUAAAUAUAUCUAUAUUAAAAUGUUUACAAUAAGAUUUUUAAAUUUUUUUUUUUUUUUUUUUUUUUUUCUUUUCUGAGUGAUUUUAAGUGAAUGAAGAGUAGGAAACCCAGAAGUGUUGCAGGAGGGUGUCAGUGCUAUCUGCUUGUAGUCUAGUUAUUAGUUUACAGUAUUGAUAAUAGUAUUGAUAGCUGCCGUUUAAUCUAGUGGAAAAUGGAAUGUGCAUCACGAGCAUGUCUUCAUAACGUACCGCCAAUGUAAAACGUCACACUGCAACUGUAAAAAGGCCAAGGAUUCAAGCUGCCUGUCAUGUCUGUACGCCACCAAAAUUAAGAACGGUAUCCUGUAAAAUGUAUCUUAGAUUAUCUAUAUAUAAAUACAUAUAUUGUUAAGCUGUACCAACAGUUCAAAGUAUUUGCUAAUUUUACUACACUUUUGUUUUGUAUAUGUAGGGGGAGUCUUAUGGCAUAUAAAUUCUUCAAAUUGAGUCAGGAGUUUAAAAGCAGACUAUAUUUUAUAACGGCCUUUUAAGUUAUUGCGGCCAAAGCACUGAUAUUAUAUAUUUGCUGUAAAGAGAAUUUAAGAGUUUUAUUUUUCUGAUAUUAAAGUUACUUAAUAAAGACGGUUUCAUUUAAA